AUGGAACAGGGUGGUCCCCAGGGAAAGGGGAGGGCCCAGGACCCUGUGCCCUGGUACUGGGCCAGCCAUGGCCCACAGCAGCAUGCCGGGCUGCGCGGGGCCGCCGGCCGGAGACCCGGGCCCGCGGGUGCAGCCAGCCGCGCUCACCCCGCCCCCGCCGCCGCGCCCUGGGGCUCCCAGAGCCGGGGCCCCGACAGCUACAUCCCGCGCCCCAUUGUCGGGGCUUUCUGCAGCCUGGCGACUCCGGCCUCCCUCCCCACCGACGCGCGGCAGGGGGGCUCCGUCCCCAGCAGCCUGGGGCCACCCGCCUCCGCCCGCCUCCCUGCGCGCGCCCCUGCCCACGAAGCCUUUUUCCUGAAGAGAAAGGUGGUCUACAAGAGUGUGUGCCUGGCCCUGGCCCUGCUCGUGGCCAUCACCAUAUUCCAGCGCAGCCUGACCCCCAGCCAGCUCCUGCAGGGCCCCCCACUGCUUACCCUGGGGCUGCAGAAGGCCCAGAAAGACAGCAGACACCCAGCGAAGUCCAACAACUUCUGGAAGAGCCCGAAGGAUGUGGUCCCCUCCACAGCCCCCGCCUCAGGGGCGCCCCCGGUCUGGGAUGUGACCACCACCAACUGCUCGGCCAACGUGAACCUGACCCACCAGUCCUGGUUCCGGGGCCUGGAGCCCCACUUCCAGCAGUUCCUGCUCUAUCGCCACUGCCGCUACUUCCCCCUGCUGCUGAACCACCCCGAGAAGUGCGCGGGCCCCGUCUACCUGCUGGUGGUGGUCAAGUCGGUCAUCACGCAGCAUGACCGCCGCGAGGCCAUCCGCCAGACCUGGGGCCGCGAGCAGGACUCGGCGGGCGGGCGCCGCGGGGCCGUGCGCACCCUCUUCCUGCUGGGCACAGCCGCCAAGCAGGAGGAGCGCACCCACUACCAGCAGCUGCUGGCCUACGAGGACCGGCUGUACGGCGACAUCCUGCAGUGGGACUUCCUCGACAGCUUCUUCAACCUGACCCUCAAGGAGGUCCACUUCCUCAAGUGGGUGGACACCUUCUGCCCCGACGUCCCCUUCAUCUUCAAGGGCGACGACGACGUGUUCGUCAACCCCACCAACCUGCUCGAGUUCCUGGCCGACCGGCGGCCGCAGGAAGACCUGUUCGUGGGCGACGUCCUACAGCACGCUCGGCCCAUCCGCAGGAAGGACAACAAGUAUUACAUCCCCGCGGCCCUGUACAGCAAGGCCAGCUACCCGCCCUACGCCGGCGGCGGGGGCUUCCUGAUGGCCGGCGGCCUGGCCCGGCGCCUGCACCACGCCUGCGCCACCCUGGAGCUCUACCCCAUCGACGACGUCUUCCUGGGCAUGUGCCUGGAGCUGCUGGGGGUCCAGCCCGUGCCCCACAGCGGCUUUAAGACCUUCGGCAUCUCGAGGAACCACCACAGCCGCAUGAACAAGGAGCCCUGCUUCUUCCGGGCCAUGCUGGUCGUGCACAAGCUGCUGCCCCCAGAACUGCUGGCCAUGUGGGGGCUGGUACACAGCAACCUCACCUGCUCCCGCAGGCUGCAGGUGCUCUGACCCGGCGAGGGCGGGCGAGGGCGGGCGAGGGCGGGGCCCCGCUGGUCACGGGGCUGCAGGGCCGGUCCCCAGAUGAGGUGGUCCCCUGCAGGAAGGAGGGGGUCGGGCCUCUGUGCCCCGAGUGUGGGAGGUGCCGGUGGGUGCAUGGGGCCUCCCUGUGCAGGCACUUUCCAGAAAAUGGAGCUGGGGCCCAGGAAUGUUUGGAACCGCCUGGACCAGAGGAGGUCACCCAGACUCGAGGCUGCCGGCCACCCUCCAAGCCUAGGAGGGUCGCCUGGGCUCCCUGUCACCCGGUGGGAGGCCCUGGUGGCCUCUGAACAUGGAACAGGGUGGUCCCCAGGGAAAGGGGAGGUCCCAGGACCCUGUGCCCCGGUACUGGGCCAGCCAUGGCCCACAGCAGCCCUCUGAUCUUUACAGGGAAGAGUCUCCUUUUCCCUGAAUUGCCUCAGUCUCUCCACAGGCCCCACAGGCUCCUUGAGAAGCCCAGCCCUGUGCAGGCUCACAGGCCUCUGCGCUCCUGGGGAGAGCCUCAGAAGCCCCCCCCACCGCACACGCUCCAGACCUGCCUGGCGAAGGCGCCCACCUCUUCUCCCAAGUGCUCCACUCCUGGCUGCGUCCUGGGACACUCCUUCCGGCCCUGGGCGGGAGCUAGACUGUCCACUCUGACUACCUCAGCGACCCUCAGAACCUCUGGACAGGCUGUGGGCCCCCCACCCCCUUACACAGGGCUCCACCCCCCAGCCAUGGUGCUGCCGACCAGCCCGGGGCCUCCAGCACCCCGGGACCUGACUCCUUGGCGGGAAACCACCUGUUUGACCCUGGAAGUGGACAGUCCCCUCUUACUGUGAACUUUUAUUUAUGAAUAAUUUGGAGGGGGAAAGCACCAGGCCUCUCUCGUUCCGCAAGACGCCACCUCCCUCUGCCUCUCCCCCAGACCUCCACCCUACCUGUACCCCACUUCUCCAGAGCCUGAGCAGACCAGCAUGUGCCCCUUGGAGGGAUGGAGUGACGUCUCUUGGGAUACCCCUCGGGUAUAGGGGUGCAGACGUAUCCCACCUCACAUCUCGGGGAUCCACCUGGGUAAAGACUGGGGGACUGACUGCUCAAUAAAAGGGGACUGGUU